UGAAACCUGUUAAGUGUUUGACAUCUUGUCAAUUUAAAUAACAAACAUUAAAAUUUACAAUAAAAAAUAUUAAUUUUAUUACAAAUAUGUAAACAUUAUCUAGUAUUCUUUAUUUAAAAUAGUUCAGCGGCUUAUUAUAAUAAAAAUGGGCAUAGAUUUCGACAUUUUAGAGCAUUGCAAAAAGGUAAGAGCCGACCACGGUCCUCCGUAUACUUGCCCCAUAGAAAAAUGUGGAAGAACCUACAAAUCAGUUUGUGGAUUAUCCUACCAUCUAAAGAGCUUCGACCACGACAAUCCCAGUCCUUCACCUGCAGGACAGAAUACCCCGAAAAAUAAAAAAGGUAACCGGCAAAAAUCAAAAUCUAAAGUACCGCAAACUCCCAGCGCCCCUGAACCUUUAACCUUCGAAGAAGCUCAAAAGAUGGUUCAGUUCGAGGUAGAUGGAGUGGCUUGUAGGUGGAACAUUAAUGAUGAAUUGGAGGUUAUGUCUAAGGACGAUUUUAUAGACGAUGAGGCUAAACUUAGCGAUGUAAAACCCGAAGAAGCCAGGAUUAAGUUACCUGAAGCACAUUACAGAGAGUUGCAAGAUUAUAAUAUUUGCGAUGCGCCUGCAAGACCUAUUGGAUAUAUUCGCUUUAUUGAGAAGAGCACAGAAGAGUUAGAUGGAGAGGUAGAAUAUGAUGUUGAUGAAGAAGACACAGCCUGGUUGUCUAUUAUGAAUGAAAGAAGGGAUGCCCAAGGCUUAGCGCCUGUUUCCAUUGAUUCUUUGGAAUUGCUUAUGGAUAGGCUCGAGAAAGAAUCAUAUUUUCAGGCAUCUGUAAACGGUCAUUCCGGAGCUGUCGUAGACGACGACGCAGUUUGCUGCAUUUGUAUGGAUGGAGAAUGUCAAAAUACAAACGUCAUUCUAUUUUGUGACAUGUGCAACUUGGCCGUACACCAAGAUUGCUACGGAGUGCCAUAUAUACCAGAAGGGCAGUGGUUAUGCAGGAGGUGUUUGCAAUCGCCUAGUAGAGCAGUGGAUUGCGUGCUGUGUCCAAACAAGGGCGGGGCCUUUAAACAGACUGACAGGAGUACUUGGGCGCAUGUGGUAUGCGCUUUGUGGAUACCGGAAGUCAGAUUCGCUAAUACAGUCUUUUUGGAGCCCAUCGAUUCGAUAGAGACCAUCCCGGCAGCCCGGUGGAGGUUGACUUGUUACAUUUGCAAGCAAAAAGGCGUGGGGGCUUGUAUACAGUGCCACAAAACGAGUUGCUAUUCGGCUUUUCAUGUGACUUGCGCGCAACAGGCCGGUUUAUACAUGAACAUGGAUACAGUGAAGGACGGCAGUGAAUCGCAGCCCGUGCUCGUGCAGAAAAUAGCCUAUUGCGACACGCACGCCCCCACGGAAAAUGGUAAAAAUAAAAAAAUCAAAGAAGGAGAUGCGAAAAAGGACGAAUCUCGCAAAAAAAUGAUCCAAGCCCGUAAAAUGUUGGCGAAAAAACGCACUUCGGCCCCCGUUAUCCUCAUUCCAACCAUUCCCCCGGAACGCAUCCAAGAGAUCGGUUCUUUGGUAACCAUUGCGAAAAAAUCGCAAUUCAUCCAACGCCUCAUAGCCUACUGGACGCUGAAGCGGCAAUUCCGGAAUGGGGUUCCUCUGUUACGUCGAUUGCAAAGCGCCCAAGGGGGCACCCCCAGGGAUUCUAACACCAGCAACGUGGACACAUUAGAGCUGUGCAGACAGCUCAAGUAUUGGCAGUGUCUGCGACAAGACCUGGAAAGAGCCAGGCUGCUUUGCGAGCUGGUCAGGAAGAGGGAGAAAAUCAAGUUGGAGUACACCAGGGUGUCCGAAAAGCUGAUGAGGAUAAAGUUGAAGCCUCUGGAAGCUAGUUUGAAAAAUGUGUUGGAUCUGAUCCAGGCUAAGGAUAUCAACGAGAUUUUUACCGAACCUGUAGAUUUGGAAGAGGUACCGGACUAUCUGACCGUUGUGACUGAACCAAUGGAUCUCAGUACCAUGAGGAAGAAACUGGAUUCGGGCGAAUAUCCCAAUCUCGUAGCUAUGGAAAAAGAUUUUGAUCUAAUGAUUUCUAAUUGUUUGGCUUAUAACAAUAAGGACACCGUGUUUUAUCGCGCUGGGAUAAAAAUGCGGGAUCAGUGCGGUGUGAUAUUUCGGCACGCCAAGAAAGAACUGGAAGCUGCCGGACUACUUCCAUCCGAAAGGGAGUCGAUGAAAAAGUCUUCGACGGGGCCAGUCGAAGAAUCUUUAGCGUCUGACAUCGACAAGGAAUUAGAGAGUUUGCAGGGUAAAGUUGGUCCAGAGGUGAUAUUGAAGCUGGAAGACCUGCUGGCGAAGAGCCAAGCUUUGAAACACGGUUUGGCAAGGGCCAAACGUGUAAAACUAAUCAGGAGCGAAAUGAAUAGAGUCAAAAAGAGUACGGUCGCUCAAAAUGACACGGAUCAAACGUCGCAGAGCGAUAUCGAUAUCGAAAUUGCCGUCGAUGACUCAAAAAACAAUUUAACUAAUGUUUCGCCGUCGGGUGUCAACAGAAGAACUGCCGUACUGUUUACGAAAAAGGCGCAAGCCGCUUUGAAAAAAGAAGACAAAGAUAAAGAGGAGAAAGAGGUUUCUGGUUCUCCAACGAAAUCGAGAAAGAAGAGUAAAACGCCCUCGUCGUCUGCCAAUAAGGAACAAAAAGACAAAGAAGCUGUGCCUGACAGCUUCAAAGUGUAUCGCGCCGGCAACCAAUCGACUGACGAGGAAAACUCUGACAGUGACAACAGCUUGUCGACGUGCUAUUCCCAUAGUCUGUCAGAAAUUGCAUCUGAUGAUGAUAGUGAAUGUUCUGAAAGCACAGCUCAUUCUGCUACAGAUGGUCAUAAUAUCGAAAAGGACCUCAAACCCAUGCAGCUGGUAUGGGCGAAAUGCAGAGGAUACCCAUGGUAUCCGGCAUUAAUAAUCGACCGCGAUAUACCCAAAGGUUAUGUUUAUAAAAGUGUGCCCAUACCGUCUCCGCCGCAGGAGGUGUUAGAUUUAGCAAAAAACCACACAGAACAUGUAUAUCUGGUAUUAUUCUUCGAUGUCAAACGUACUUGGCAAUGGCUGCCAACUGAAAAACUGGAAAUAUUAGGAUUGGACUCUGAGAGAGACGAAUCCAAGGUGAACGAGCCCAAGAAACCGACUGAUAGAAAAGCGGUGAGAAAAGCGUACGAAAAUUCAUUACAAUAUCAAUCGCAAAUCGCCGAGUUUGAUGAAAACGGAGGGGCGUCUUAGGUGCCAUUUUAAGUUUUAAAAAAAGCUUUAUAGAAUUAAGUAAUAAAAUGUAUGUUUAGUAUUUUAAUUUU